GGGGCGUUGGCGCCCGGCCCGGCGCCGAGGAGAGGCGGGCGAGCGGAACGGAGCUGUAGCGGAGAUGGAGCUUGUGGCGGCUCGGCUGCUGCGCGGCAGCAGGCUGCUGAGGAGAAACUUCCUGAGUUGCCUGUCCUGGAAAAUCCCACCUCGUGCCCUCAAGUCCUCCCAGUCGGAAGCGCUGCUCGAGACAGCAAGUAAUGGGCUACCCUUUGCUCCGCUGCAAACAUUUACGGAUGAGGAGAUGAUGAUAAAGAGCUCAGUUAAAAAAUUUGCACAAGAACAAAUUGCGCCUUUCGUUUCCAGAAUGGAUGAAAAUGGAAAAAUGGAGGAAUCAGUAAUACAAGGAUUAUUUCAACAAGGGCUGAUGGGUAUUGAAGUCGACACAAAGUACGGAGGAACGGGAGCUUCGUUUUUUUCCACUGUGCUGGUGGUUGAGGAAUUAUCCAAAGUCGAUGCGUCUGUAGGUCUCAUCUGUGAUAUCCAGAACACAGUCAUUAACAAGCUGAUUAAGAAGUAUGCAACAGAAGAGCAAAAGGCCACCUAUUUUCCGAAGCUGAUUACAGACAAAUUGGCAAGUUUCUGCCUGUCAGAAGCUGGGUCAGGAAGUGAUUCUUUCUCUUUGAAGACGCGAGCUGAGAAAAGAGGGGAUCACUAUGUCAUCAACGGGUCCAAGAUGUGGAUCAGCAAUGCCGGGCUGGCCGACAUCUUCCUGGUGAUGGCCAACGUGGACCCUUCUCGUGGCUAUAAAGGAAUCACCACCUUCAUUGUGGAUCGUAACACUGAAGGCUUACACAUAGGAAGACCAGAAAAUAAACUGGGGAUCAGAGCUACUUCAACCUGCCCGUUAACAUUUGAAAAUGUCAAGGUUCCAGAAACCAACGUCUUGGGACAAGUUGGACAUGGCUAUAAGUACGCCAUAGGCAUUCUUAAUGAAGGGAGAAUAGCAAUUGCUGCCCAGAUGUUGGGACUGGCCCAGGGAUGUUUUGACUAUGCUGUUCCAUAUAUCAAAGAAAGAAUGCAAUUUGGCACAAGAGUGUUUGAUUUUCAGGGGCUGCAACACCAAGUGGCUCACGUGGCCACCCAGCUGGAAGCCGCAAGGUUACUAACGUACAACGCUGCUAGGCUUGUAGAAGCUGGAAGGCCCUUCAUCAAAGAAGCAUCUAUGGCCAAAUACUUUGCAUCUGAGAUUGCAGGGCUAACAACUAGCAAGUGUAUCGAGUGGCUGGGAGGAGUAGGCUACACCAAAGAUUACCCCGUAGAAAAAUAUUUCCGAGAUGCAAAGAUUGGAACCAUCUAUGAAGGGACUUCCAACAUCCAACUGAACACCAUUGCCAAGCACAUCGAUGCUGAGUACUGAGCUGGUGGCAGGGGCCUCUGCAAGUCGCACGUCCCUGCUGGAGCUGCUGUGCUUUGCUGGGGGAGCAGAGCUCCGGCGUCCAUGCAGCCUGAGCCCGUGGCCGCAGCCUCACUCGAGGCCUUUUCUGCCUUUGCAGUCUGUUUGAUUCACGCACAGGGGAUCAUUUUUGUAGUUGGGAAGAAAUGCACCUGUAUUUUCUCUGCAACUGUCUUUAAACUUCUCUACAUGUUUCCGUUGUUAUAACAUUAGAGCAUCUGGAGCUUUUGCUCCAUCCGCAUUUGGCAAAGACAGACAUUUGAAGUGUCUUUUCUAGAAAUGACCAUUUUAUAUUCCUAGGAGCCUUGUAUCUUGUGUCGCCAGAGAAACAUCGUUUUCACAGUUUUUAAUUAAUACUUUAAAGAUUCUACUUCUAAAUAUCUGAGAACGAGAAUUAAUGGCAGGCAUCUCUUUGUUGGUUCUAUAAUUGGAGAAUAGUAAAAGAUGCAUUUCCUGAUGGUUCCAGCAGACCACUGGGACAACAAGCCUCCGCCCUGGCUCUCAAGGAUAAAGUCUGAGCGGUUGGUUUAAUAAUCAGAGAACACUGGAUGUUGUCCUACUCCUUGCAGCGUGCUUUACUUCUCAGUAGAGCAGCUUUUGUUCCUGAAUCUUAACUGAAUGUGAUUUCCUCAAACUCUGUGGCAGGGCUUUCCCCUGAACAAUAAUUCAGAAAUGGAGUUUUGGUUCAGACAUUCUGCCAGCUCCUUGGAGCAGUGUAUCAGAAUCAUAUCAGAAAUGAGAAACACGGGCGUGCCACGGAGCUCAAAAAAGGAGAUUCAGUGUCAAGAUGAUUUAAUAUUUGCAAAGUCGGAGAUAAUUCUCUUGCUUUACAAUACAAAUUGCAGGCAGGCAGAGCUCAACCAAAGAGAUAGCUGGCAGUGGCUCCGAGUUAGGGACACACAGGCCACAGUCGAGACCCCUAAAGUUCCCAGAGACCGGAAGACCAGAGAGGAGCAAUUCCUGUUUUCUAAAAACAUUGGCCACAGGUUAAAGAUGAAAAAUGCCCCAAGGCUCAUGAAGUCACAUAUAAUAAUCACUAUUAUUAAACGGAAAGUAUUUUAGCACUUUAAGGAAAAGAUAAUGUUUGUUAAGAAAAUGUGAUGGGUUGGCGGGUAGGGGCAGCAAAAAAAAAAAUGUGAUGUUUUCAAAGCAGUUUUGCUCUGCAUGUUCAUGUUUAUUCAUGUUCAUGUUUAUUCAUGUUCAUGUUUAUUAAUUUCUACAAUGCAAAUUGUAGUUAAACACUCCAAUUGUAGAAAUACAAUUGCGAUAAGAAUUACAUUUUUAAAAUUAGAGAAGGAAUUAAGAAUAAAUUUAUACCUUGAACCCAGAGAUGGAGUAUACUUGACUUUUAAAUAGGGAGGUGAUGAAAGCAAGAGCAGAAGGAAGCCUGCGAGGAAUGGGUUGGCUGUGCCCAGGGGGCAGAUGCCUCUCAAGGUGGUGAUGAUUUGAAAGAGGUUGACUUUACAAAAACAAAGCAGGCCUGGAAGCGCACACUCAAUGCCACGUUCAACGCCAGGCACCACAGGCCCCUGGCGCACGCCUGCACCUUGGCUUUGUUUGCUCUUGACAGAGUUCUACUUGAUUAACUCAGAAAGAACGCUUACAUUACUUCUAUUCUGUAUUGUAGCUAAUCUAGCUGCCUACCUCCUUCUGUUGGUGAAUUGUGUCAUUUCACCUAAGGAGACGUUGGUUUCCCGGCUUCUCCGGAUAACCAUGGCUCUGGCUCCUGAAGCCCGAGCUUUGCUGGGGAGCCACUCUUCGCCUCCUGCCGUCUGUCAGUGUUGUUUCUGGACUUGGGCUGCCCUGGCGCUCGGGAAGGACUGACCAGCUUCACGCAGGCACAGCUGACUCAAACCAACUGCCGAGUUGGGGUGUUUAAAGGUUUCAUUUUACAAUGUAAAAAUGAAUCUGUCGGAUUUUAGAAUCCCGGAAAGUUAAAAAGUGAAGGAUUCAUAGCCGAGAUUACUUGCCCAAGUCAUCCGCUCAGCAAUAAAAAUUCCAAAAGUGCCAGCUCCCAAUCCAGAGUUCCUCCCGUCGUUAAGCGUCGUCUCUUUCCCCAGAUGUUGGGUUUCGGUUUCAUCCUUGUUACAGUUGAUUGAUUUUAGGUUUAACUGGUAAUGAGCAUUUCAGAAGUCUUGUAAUGAAUCCAUAUCAUCCCUUGCCUGCAUCAGUCACCUGGCAAAGACCCUGGCAUUUGGCGAGGCCUUCUAGUUGUUGGCUGGUGUGUCAAAUGGGAAAUUAUUUUAUGUGAUCACUUCGUUUUAUUGUUAAAGCGAGUUUUAGUGCAAUGAUUGUAUCCUUGCUGGUAUAUUUUUGCUGAUCUUUCAUAAAGUGCAAGUUGUUUUAAUGCUAUGUUGCAGACUGUAUUCUGUGUUACAAAAUCAAUAUUCUAUGGAGAAUGAAAAAAUAAAGUACUAAAUUAA